AUGAGCCACGCCACGCCAGCCCACCGACUCGCGCCAUCAGCUCUGAAUUGUCUUCGCAGGCUGCCCGCUGAGCUCCGUGUUCAUAUCUACAGCCUAGUGCUUCCUUCAACCUACCACCAACAGUUCCGAAUCGACCGUGAGAGAGAGUGGAUCAACGAAGGGGUUGACCAACAUGCCCGGCCUAUUGGAUUGCUUUACACAAAUAAGAUCAUCCGAGUAGAAGCCAUGCCUGCAAUGUCGAAAAGCCAGAUAUGUCGUAUUGAUCUCGACAUUGACGCCCUGACAGUGAGCAUGCCAUGGCAAGACAAGGUCCUAGGCGUUUCAAUGGCAUUGCCACCAUGCCGCGGGAUCGAGAUCACCGUGCAUAUUCCUGCCCGAAGGUCGGCUCUCGCUCUAUUUCACGUACGCCAGAACGCCGCGAUCCUGGUCCGCUGGCUGGUAGCGCAGAAGGCCCACAUCUCAAGUGUCAGUGCGCGGUUGGACGGCGAGUCAGCGGGCGCGUGGAAGCCCACGUAUAACGAUGUUGCUAUGCUUCUCGGCCCCCUUGGCGGCAUGCAUGGUAUUGAGACCCCGCGGGUGGCAUGCAUAUCGAGCUUCAAGCCGGGCGGGACUGCGCGACUGGCAUCACAGCAGUGCCAGGCCAUCGAAUCUGCUAUGCGCAAGGAGGAUGGCCACAGCUCCUCUGCUCAAGCUUUCGCUCUACAACAGCUGCUGAUCGAUAUCAGGCUUCAGGCUGGUCCUAUAUCACAAUGA